AAAACAAAAACAGAAAAGGGAAGCAAGACCUAGCUUAUAAUAUCUCCUCCUUCAUCAGAGUGUUCGAUUACAUAGAAAGGACGCGUAUCUAUCUCCCUCCCAUCUGUAUCUCUCCGCUGCUUGUGCUGUAGUAAUGGCCAAAUCAUUAUCUGGCUUACUCUUCAAGGGCAUUUCGGCCUUUCCAGCCGCUCGUUCUAUCUCACUGGGAUCCAGAUCAAGUUACUUGCAUGGAAUGCAAUUCUCAACUACUGUGCCAAAUGAUCCCGACACACAUGAUGAUUUUAAACCCAAAAAUAAGCUUGAGAAUGCUGACAUCUCAGUGAAGGACAUUGUUGAACAGGAUGUCAAAGACAAUCCAGUGAUGCUUUACAUGAAAGGGGAUCCUGAAAUUCCACGUUGUGGAUUUAGCUCUCUUGCAGUGAGAGUGCUGAAGGAGUACAGAAUUCCAAUUGCUUCAAGAAAUAUAUUAGAAGAUCCCGAGCUUAAGCUUGCCGUAAGAGAUUUUAGCCACUGGCCCACCUUUCCACAGAUAUUUAUCAAGGGGGAGUUCAUUGGAGGAUCAGAUAUCAUUCUUAAUAUGCAUCAGAAUGGCGAACUGAAGGAAAAGCUCAAGGACAUAGUUGCUCAAUCAGAGUGAAUAACUUCCACCGUCCUCUUUGCUAAAUCAGUGCAGGGUUUAAACUUUGAAGUUGAACUUUAGAUUUAGAACCUAUAUAAAUAAAACUAUCUGUAUUGAUUUCUGUAAAGCCUGAUAGUGUACUGUUUGUGUUUCUACUUCUAAAUGUUAGCGAAAGAAACAAGGAUUAAUUAUAUGCAUGUUUUUCUAUAUAUUUAAGGUAAAAUAAAAAGGGAAGAACACUUUUACUUC